AUGACUCCGGGAUGUUUAUCAAUAAAGAUAUUCUCUCUAGAUUAUUACUUUGCGUUGCCAAAUGAUUUACUGGAUAUAGGGUAUUCAAAGUUUGCAAGAUGUUAUUCACAUCGGAUCCCGAUUAUUCGAGUUUAUGGCACAACACAUACGGGCCAGAAAAUAUGUGCCAAUGUACACGGGGUUUUGCCGUACAUUUUCGUUGAGCUGCCAAAUGUGGAGUCAGAUAUUCACGAAUUCGUCCAGUCGUUUGUUCUCAGCCUUGAAAAAUCCAUUCGUGCAAAGCUUAGCACUCUUAAUGUCAAAGAUGUCAUAGUUUUUGACGCUGCGGUGGUAUCUGGUUUUUCGAUAUACGGUUAUCAUGAAUCAAAAAAACCUUUCAUCAAGCUUUACCUUGUGGACCCCAGUUUGGUUUCCGUCUGUUCCGAGAUAUUGCUGAGUGGGGUCGUAUUAAAUCGCCCCUUUCAAACUUAUGAAUCACAUAUUCCAUACCUAUUACAGUUUUGUGUGGAUUAUAAUCUGUUCGGUAUGAACCUGCUUUAUGCAGGGUAUUUCAGAUUCCGUACUUCAAAUUCUGUAGGAUUUCCGUCGUUGGUAAGGAGCUCGGAAAAUAUAUGGAAUCCCCAAAAAUUCGGCCCGGAAUAUCUUCUAUCACCAGACUCUAUUCCAAAAUGUACAAGUAUGGAACUAGAAGUUGAUAUAUCUGCUUGGGACAUACUGAAUCGUCGAGAUUUGCAAGAUAAUUUAUCUAUAAAUCCUGGCCUAGAAGCUAUGUGGCAUGAAGAGAAAAUGCGUCGUGCAUCAAAAUGUAACAUUACAAAUGAAAGACUACCUGAAAUGCCUACUCCUGAUGAAUUAUUACCAAUUAAACAGAGUGAUGUAGUUGAUCUGUCAACAAGUGAAAUGCAUUAUCUUACUCAAUGGACUAAUUUACUUUAUGAUCAAUAUACAUCUUUGGAACUUCAACAAGAUAUAAACUGUACAGAUUCAUCUGAUCCGAAUGAGUACAUUUCUAAUUGGCUUGAAUCCAGUCAAACAGAUGAUGAUAAUUUUGAUUGUGAUUAUGACGAUAAUGACGACAAACUGGACAUUAAUUACAAAGAGGAUGCUUCCGAAGAAGUUAAUAAUACUCAAUUGUCCGCUACUGUUCAACAUACUCAAGAAUCAAUUGAUUUAAAGUCUCCCAUUAAUAGUACUCUACAGCAACCGCUAGUUAAAACAAAAUCAGUUAGUAGUUUUACAACGAUAAGUUCAGCUGGUUUAGAAGACCUUUGUCGUUUAGCCAAUGCAAUUGAAGAAUUUGAUGCAUGGGUACCAACACCCGAACAAUUGGAUCAGUUGCUUAAUAAUGUAGAAUAUCCCGCAGAAGUUCAUUCUUCGUUGAAUGCAACAAAUAUUCAGCAUCCUCGACUAUUGACUAAUGAUGAUGAUGAUGAUUGGAUUUGUAGUCCUAUUGAAUUGGCUAAGAACAAAAUAUUUGAUAACAAUGUUUUGAACAGUACUUUGAUUAGUCGAAAUUCAGUCAUCGACCAGUCCAAUGUCAGUGGUAUAGACAAAGGACAGGGUGAUGACAAAACUUUAAUUUUAAAUGCAGCACAAUGUGCUCUGUCGUUUGUAUGCAGUCAACAAUCGGGGGUAGAUAAACCAACAGUUGGAAGUCUCUGUGCUACAAAAAAUGAGAUAACUGAAGAUGAUGAGUGCAUGUCUCAACCUGUUGGAAGUUAUUUGGAUAGUGAUGAUCUAUUCUACUCUAUAAAUCAUUCUAAUGAAGUGUUUACCCCAACGCAAGAUUUGGAAUCACUUCAUGAAAUCGAUGAGGAUGAUGAAGAAUCAUGUGAUGUGUUCCAUUUAAAUUCAACUCCUUUACAAAACAAGAAUAUGAAUGAACAAAUUUUCCAUGCACAGGAUGAAUGUGCAUUGUCUGAUUCUCCUAUAAUUCUUUCACCUUUAUGUCGGUCUGCAGAAAAUUCUCCACCAGAUGUCGCUGGGAAGAUUUUGAAAUCUAACUUUCAAGUUGAUAGUGUUUCAGAUAUACUUUUUGAUUCUUGGAGUUCUGAAAGUGAUACUUCAAAGUCAGAUAAUUGUAUACCUCAAGUUGAUGGAAACGUGGAUACAUUUCACACUGAUAGUGAUGGUGAUAAUCAGAGUAGUAGUACAAGUACUUAUUCUUCAAAUACUACUGUACUUAAAGCUAAAGGUGAAAGAAAUCGUCCUAGAAAACGUCGAUGUCUUAGUCUACGUUUACCGAGAAAACACAUUUCAACUACUCAAAUUAUGAAUACACAAAGUACUUGUACAACAACAUCAAUUAUAUCGUCAUUUAGUUCAUCUAGCCUUCAAUUGAAUGAUAUUGAUACUAGUGUUUCUACUGAUCAUGUUUCAUUGAACAAAUCAACUUCAAUUGUAAACAAAAAUCAAUCUGUUUUUGAAGAAAACUUACUCACUGAUCUUAACAACUCAACAACUUGUCAUUCUUCUACUGUAAUAAACUAUUCAGUAUCUAAUAGUAAUAAUCUAUCAAAUCCUGUUGUCCUUCUUGAACGUUUACCAUCACAUUUUGAGGUAGCUGAAACAUCUUUUCAACAAUCAGGACGUUUAACACCCCUGAAGAAUUUUCAGAUCUUGAAAAUACUAUGA